AUGGCGGCACGUUUAGACCUCUCGUCUCCGAUAACGUCGUCCAAGCUAUCCCUAAAAUCGUCGCACCCCAGCCUUUCGUCGUCCUCGUCUCGUCAAACCACCUGGUCGCCGCCCUUCAAAGGAUCAACCUCACGCCUCUCGAAAUCGACCUCAGCGCCCAACAAGCCCUCAACCCGCCUCCGGCUUCCCCCUUGCGCGCUUCCCCCCGGCGCGCUUCCUCCCGGCCUCCGCACCGUGUCCUCUUCCGCCGUCCCCCGCGUCGCCGCGUCAGCCGCUGCCGCGUCCGCCGCCGAUUUUCCCGCAGCCGGGUCCGGCCCUGACGAGCCGCCUUUCAAUCUCAAUCCGGAAGAGCUGCAGGAGGAGCUUUCUCGCGCUUUUCGCUCCGCCAAGAAGCAGUCGAAGGUGGCGCUGCGGAAAAUAGCGGACGGCACGGCGGGCGCUUUGCGCUGCGCGCAGAGCAAGGUGGCGGAGUUUGAGCGUGAUAAUGACCUGCGCGGAAAGGCGCGGGAGGCGGUGGGCGCCGCGAACGAGCUGCUCGAGGAGGUCGCGUUCGAGGCGGAGAGGCACGCGUUCCGGUUCGACGCGCAGUUCGGGGUUUCGAGAAGAGUGGAGGAGAUGAAACGCGCCGUGGUUGGUGCGGCGUACGAUGUGGACUUAUCUGAAGCGGUGGGCGGAGUUCAGAACCACGCCGGCCGGCCAGCUCGUUAUGGUAUGCUUCCCCACCCCUCGCUGGCGCCCUCGUUGCUACCCUCCCCUACUGUCCCAUCGCUCUUUACGAGUCCUUGUCCACCUGUGGUCGUCGUCUCCGCUCUAGCCUUGUGCUCUUUGCACGCCGCUCUCGCUGCAUUUAACCUCAUUCGUCCUCUCUUUCUCCUCUUCCACUCCCUUGACUCCCUCCCAAACUCCCUCACUCUUUUUCCACUCUCGCCAUGGAUCUUCGUGGCGUUCGCGUGGCUGCUCAUCUCGGGCUGGCUAGCGCAGAUCUUCCUCUGGUCGCUCUGCAUCGUCCCACUGCUCCCUCUGCUCGCCAGAGCGCUCGCCAAAGCAGCCUUCGUUGAGGGGGAUUUUGAGGAGGACGAGUGGGAGGAAGAGGACGAGGGAGAAUGGGACGGAGGCGAUGCUGACGUGGAACGAGCCCUUGCUGAGUCAGAACAGGAGCUCUCCACGGGCAGUCUGGUGCUGCCGCCCGGGCGGCAAGCCCCGCGGGUGAAAUCGGCAGUAUUUGUGAAGAGCAGCAGCAGUGUGGCGCAGUGCCCUAAGGAUACGAAGAUCCCGGAGUUUGCUGUGAUUGGCCGAUCCAACGUGGGGAAAUCAUCCCUCAUCAACAUGUUGACAAAUCACAAGGGGCUAGCACAGACCUCCAAGAAACCAGGCAAGACGCAGCUGAUAAACCACUUCCUUAUCAACGACUCCUGGUACCUCGUGGAUUUGCCGGGCUACGGCUAUGCAGUGGCCCCAAACGCCAUUCGAACGGAAUGGAACGCUUUUACAAAGGCCUACUUCACCUCGCGCACCAACCUGCUCACCGUGCUGCUGCUGGUGGAUGCCACCAUUCCCCCUCAAGCCAUUGAUGUGGAGUGCGCUGACUGGCUGGGGAGGAACAAGACCCCCCUCACAGUUAUCCCCCUCACUGUCGUGUUCACCAAGUGUGAUCAGCAGAAGAAGGCCCGGCGGAAAGCUACUGCUGUGGGUGAUGACGAGCGCAGUGACUGCGGAGGGGAAGGAUGUGUUGAGUCAUCUUGUGCAGUUGAGGGGGUAUUGGCGACGGUAAUGGUGGGCUUUCAAAUGUGUGGUGUGGUGUGGAGUGCGGUGACAGGGGAGGAAAAAGGCGCUCUGCUGAAUAAGAAAUCCCAAAUACACGAGUAG